UUGACGUCUAUUAAACUGAAAUACGUGACUGGGAUUAUAUGAGCGAAUCCAGUCAGAACACGUGACAGGAGAAGAACCAAUGAACGCACAAAAACGGUUCGUUUCACGACCGAACUUCCGUUUAGCUAGCGCUGAAAGGCUAAAAAUGGCCGAAGUUGAUUUCGGAGACAGUGAGCUUUUCCAGCAACUCGAGGACUCUGUCCCACCGGUCUCCAGACACAUUCACUUCACACAGGACGAUGGAGAAAACGAAGAGGCGAGCGAGCUCCGGAGCAGGCUGGAAGAGUGCGAAGAUAAUAUCGAGAGGCUUUCGGAGGAAAAUAAAGUAUUAAGGCGGAAGCUCAAUAUCCUGACACGACCGAGCGGCAUCACAGUGGAAGAUAUCAACAUCGACGGGCCACUUCUUCAAAUCCUCUUCACCAACAAUAUUAUAUCAAAACAAUGUCGCCAAGAAAUCGAAGACUGCAUCUGCAGUGUCAUUUUGAAGCACCAGAAACCAGGAGAUGAAAAGAAGAUAUCAGUGUUUCACAUGAAACCACAGAAUUCAGCUUUUGCGUUGGAUGAAGAUCCUGAGAAGUUGUCUUCCAGUAGUGUGAGAACUACAACAGAAGCCUUUAAAGUUGUUGGGAGUGUUUUAUAUUUUUCUACCUUCAGUGUUGACAAACUUGGACAGCCUCUGGUGAAUGAAAACCCCCAGCUGACUGAUGGAUGGGACGUUCCAAUCUACCAGCAGGUUUAUAACCAAGUUGUUGGAACAGAUGGAUUAGAAAUGGAAAUUAAAAACAAAAGACCCAAGUCUAUGUGUUUCAACUGUGGCUCCAGCGCUCAUCAGCUCAGAGAUUGUCCCCAGCCUAAAGAUAUGGCUGCGAUAAACGAAAGAAGAAAAGCGUUUAAUCAGAACCAGGUCACUCAGAGCAACCAACGUUACCAUGCUGAUGAAGUCGAGGAGCGCUUCGGGAAAUUCAAGCCUGGAGUCUUAAGUGAGGAGCUGUUAGCAGCACUGGGAGUAGCCGGUAACACCCUCCCUCCUCUAAUUUAUCGAAUGAGGCAGCUGGGUUAUCCACCAGGUUGGCUCAAAGAGGCAGAGAUGGAAAACUCUGGCUUAUCACUCUAUGAUGGAAAUGUAUCAAAUGAUGAUGUCGGCAGCACUUCACAAAACAUUUCUUACGAUGUUUCCAAACUGGUGGAUUUCCCUGGCUUUAAUGUGCCUGCACAUCAAAUUAAAGAUGAGUUUAUGCAUUAUGGUUCGAUUCCAAUGCAGACCAGCCACAUGAAGCAAAACUAUGCAGCCUACCUUUCCAGCAACUUCCCUAAGCCUGGUGGCUCCUGCAACAAAAGGCGACAAGAGUUUGACUCAUCCCCUCCUCUCAAAAAGAAGACUAAGUCCAGCCCAGAUCAAAACUCAAACAGGAGCUCGGAUAUGGACAUUGAAUCAGAUCCAGGGACACCAUAUUCAUAUCGAGCUGGUGACUUCCAGUUCCAACCACCCCUACCUCCAAACUCCCCUUGCUACAGCUCACCUCCUCCAUUACCUCUGGGCACUCCUCCCUCCACGCCUACUCGCCCACCUCUCCCAAAAGGGACGCCUCCACUGACUCCCACCAACGGCUCUCCAGCUCUGCAGAGACGGGAAGUGCCGCUAGCAGAUGAGACUGUCGAGGCAGCAGAAGACGAUCUGACUCUGGAGGAACUAGAAGAGCAGCAGAGGCUGAUCUGGGCGGCUCUGGAAAAUGCUGACACAGCCACAAAUAGUGACAGUGGGACACCGGGUUUAGGUACACCUGUUCCCAGUUCGCCCAGUACUUCCACACCAGCACACAUUGACACAGAAAUGGAAGAUGUUGAUGAGAAGCCAGACAAGGUGAGACCUGCUGAAUCUUGCUGUGACAGUGAGGAUCAAAAGAAACCGGCUGUACAAGAGAGUUCGACUCCAAUCUACUGGCCCAUAAAAGUAGACGACGAAAGUCCUCAGAGCCCUGAUGUAGAGUCUGUCAAACUCCAAGAUGACAGCCCUGACAGGCAAAAUGCAGAGAUCCUCAAUGAGGGGGCUGGAGAUGUUUUGUCUAGUCAUGAGAAGAUCAUAGCUGUUCCUCAUCGGAGCAAAUUUGCAGCCGGCAUUGUUCAAUUUGAAGACACCCCUGAAUACACGGAAGUAGCUGAAGCUACUGGAACGUACCUGAAAAUCAGAGACUUACUAAAAGGUUCCCCUCGAAGCUUGUCAAAGAGAAAAUGAAAUGUUUCAUAUUGAUUCAGAACACAACAUGGACAUUUUAAAACCAAAAUAUCUCAUCCUCACUAAACUUGAUCAUUUUUUCAUCUGUAAGGCUACAGGCAGUUUAAAUUUCUGCUGCAGUAACAUAACCUUUUUGUAUGUUUUUUAAUUUUUUUAUGUAAAUCGGUAUAGUGUUUCAUUUUUAUAUGGUCAUGUUUAAGUGACUUUUUUUCUUGUCAAAUUUGGAUUGCUUUGAAGGUCUUAAGUAAACAUUCUUGUGUUCUCACUUUCUGUCUAUAUUUUACUUUUUUGCUGACAUUUUUACUGGGAUGAAUAAAUGGUUACAAAGGAACUGAACCACCAGUCA